UUCUCUUGCCCUAUAAAAGCGCAGAAACACUUCUCAUUUUCUCGAGGAUUCUUCCCUUUCUCUAAAUAUUUCUCUCUCAAGACAAGAACUGUAGCGUACAACUUCCGUCAACCAUGGCUGCCGAAUCUGCUUUUGCAAUUCCCAAAGGCCAAGUUGAUUUGAUGGACUUUGUAGACUGGUCUGGCGUCGAAUGCCUUAACCAAAGUGGCAGCAACACUAUUGUCAAUGCCCUCAAACAGGGUUACAGAGAAGACGAGGGCUUGAACCUGGUGAGUGAUGCAGAUGAACAGCUAUUGAUUUACAUACCUUUUAAUCAAGUCAUCAAACUGCAUUCAAUCGUUAUCAAAGGACCUGAGGAGGAAGGUCCUAAAACUGUGAAGCUGUUUUCUAACAAGGAGCACAUGGGAUUUAGUAAUGUUAAUGAUUACCCUCCAAGUGACACAGUUGUUUUAUCUGAAGAUAACCUCAAGGGAAAACCAGUUACCUUGAAGUAUGUCAAGUUUCAAAAUGUUCGCAGUGUGACCAUUUUUAUUGAGGAUAAUCAACAUGAUGGGGAAACUACAAAUGUUCAAAAAAUUGUUUUGUAUGGAUCAACGGUGGAAACAACAGAUAUGAAAGGCUUGAAGAAGAUUGAGGACCACUGAUCCUGCAAAAGAUCAUUAUAAUUGUUCAUCAUUUUAAGAAUUUUGUUUUCUUUUUAACUUCUGUAGUUUACGACAGAAGUAAUUGGAAACUUGAUACACUGGAUAUACCAAAUUACAGUGUGAGCUGUCGCUGCUUUGUUCGAUGCAAUAUGUUACACCCACGAUUCACUACCUAAUUAGUGUAAAUUCUAGGUUGUGGAGUGAUGGUUGCUACGCUUUUAUUUA